AUGGCCUCGGGAGCGCGUCGCAUACUCAAUCUAUUCCGCAAAGGCGGAGCACAGAACAAACGCAGCACAGCCAACGCCGGCACGCUCAAUUCGCUCUUCCAUCCGCUGCCAGCGUCGCCCAUACCGGCCAUGCGGGCACUAGGUGAGCGAAUAGCGCGCAAGGGGCGGUGUCCGACGACGGGCGAGAGUCCUUUGGGGUACGUGUGUCCAGUGAGUGGCUACCCAACGCACGUCGACGAGGCAGCGUGGCGAGCAGACGCCACGCACGAGCACUACCACGAGUAUGCGCAGCGGCUGCGCGAGGUGAAUGAAGAUGAGCACGAUCUGCGCAGUGGGCGCGACAUGACCGAGUUCGAGCUGCCUCCUACGCAAGAUCUCGAGCACACUGUCAACCUCAAGAGCUGGGAGAUGUUAUUCUACACGCGCAAUUUCAAUAGCAUCGACAGUCUGCGGUCCCAGCGCCAUCUCUCGCGUCUCCUCAGCUAUCCUAUGACCGUGGCAGGCGUGCUGCACGAGCUGGGUCCAUAUGCUGACCGUGCGGGUGGGCGGGUCAGUGGGGGCGGCGAGCGCAGCCUCCUCGCGCUUCGUCACACCCUUCACAAACAGCCCACUCCUUACUCACCGCCGACACCGCCCGUGCGUAUUUUCAUCCCAGGCGCCCGCGCUGAAUCUCAGUUGCCUCCGAGUGUAUGGAUGCAGCUCGCUCACCUCUUCCCGCACGCUCGUUUGCAUGUCUAUUUCGUUGGCCCGGAAGUCAACGCCGAGGAGACAAUACGCCCGUUCGGCGUGCCCGGAUGGAGCACCACCGUCAAUUCUCACCUCACCCUCAGCGCUAUCCAGGCUAGCUGGGAGGAAGUCCACGAUGCUUUCUACCCCUACGACCCCUUUACUGAUAUCUUCUUCAAUUUUCACCCAGGUUUAGGCUUCCCAUCUAUGCUGCCCUCCAGUCACAGACCAAGCGAAGGUCUGGGUCAGCGCAACGGCCAAGUCGUCCCCUUCCGCGAAUUCACUCCACAGAUAGAUGCCGAAUGGGCAACCGCAUUCGAUAAAAUGCUCUCCACUAAAUGUCCAAUCGUCUGCACGGCUUUUGGUCACGCAGAUAUCAAGCGCGAUGUAGACGCUCUACUCAACAGCAAACAAAUCACACAGGAGUGGGAAACCGUCAUCGAGCCUGGCAACAACGUCUUUAGCAGUCAACGUUGGGAAGUCGCCGAGUUCGAUACACGCGUCAUGAUUAAAUCUAAUUGGGGUUUGUGGGCCGUGCGAGGUAGGCGCUACGAUAUACAAAAUGUCGAAAUGGAGGAUUGA